ACUUUGUCCUUCUCAUCGUCGCCCAGCUACGAUUUCAACAAAGACACAGUGGAUUAGCCAAAGGCACGCAGCAGUGAAUAUCUCUACACCACAACAAAGCCCAUCGAUACCGCGAGAAAUCGAUCCUCUGGUGCAAAACACUCCCAAAACGUCAAACAAGACAACAUUUAGAUUUUGUUCUCUUUAAAAUGGAUUCCAUACCUUGUGUUUAAAUGGCUUCGUUCACUUCCAGCAGCCUUUUAACUACCCUAAUACCACCGACACCGACACCUUAUACCACCUAGAAUACCGCCUACUGCAUAACAUCUACCCGGUCGAAUUAAAAUCCGACUCUUGAUACCCAUUUCCCUAUUGGGACUCUGAGGUUGACGAGAUAACGCACGCUCCGCCAGAGGAUGGACGAUCCCGGAUGGUCAUGGCCUGCCUGGAAGUUUGGGAUGAAGAGGGACGAACUCUUCACCGGACUCCAUGAUCGAUACAACACAAUCGCCUUCUCUAUUCAGGAUCCUGAGGCUUUCCACCACGAUGUUUACGAAAUUUCCAAUACCGCAAGCACAGUCGAUGAGUUCCACCGUAUGCUAGCUGACCGCAAGCAGCUCCGGCUGAACGAGCUGAACCAGAGCCUAGAGUCCGCCUCUGUCGAGAUCAUCGCUAACCCGAGCCUCAUUGGUACUCAACAGUGGCAAUACGCUCUACAACUUUUCCGCACCAAGUCGCUGGACUCCCUUGUAAGGUACUUCGCCUCUUAUCUUCCUGAUGACCAUCCCUGGCAUCAAUCCGACGAUCCAACGUCAAAACCAUUCUUCGACGAUCUGGAGGACGAUGUGCCUGUAAUGACGCAUGAACCCCUCGCUAUUGAUACUGGUUCCCGUAUUCCGGCUAGCCAUCUUCCUCCUUCACCCCGGUCUCUUACGAUGUGUUCGGACGAUUCUGCGGUGUCAACUCCAGCGCGAACAUUAUCCUUCUCGGAACCCGAGACGGACGCGAUGGUGCUGUCGGGAACACUGUCUCGCGGUUUCGACGACGAGGAAACAUCACAGUCGGACGAGCCUGAUACGCCAAUCACUUCUGUGUCCGAUAUGUCGGAUAUAGAGUCCCUAGAGUCUCAACCAGAGGAAGAGGAGGCAGAGGAGGCAGAGGAGGAUAUCGCGGAUGAGAACAAGCCAAUAUCUUUAGGACGUGAUGUCCAGGGGAACGAUAAGAACGAAUCAGAGACACCAACCCCCCGAACCGAAUUUCACUCAGAUUCAUACAUAAGUAGUGAGGCUGUAAAGACAGUAUCAUCUAAGCAUAGCCCACUUCGUAGAGAUGUUCGCGAUAGAAGUCCAGGUCUAGCAAGAUCGCGACGGAGGAGUCCAGAAAUUGGACGGGUUCAAAAACCCCUACCAGACCCCACAAGAGUCAGACCCAAGGGUCGAAGACGUUAUCUAGGCAGUUGAUGCCGCCACGAACCUGUAUAUAUCC